UAAACCCAUCUUUGGAAUUGGACCACUCAAGUAUUCUUCAAACCUCUUAUUUCUGGCUACAAUUUCCAUUUCCUUAAACAGAUACUUAAACUAUAAUAAGAUAUGGAGAAAUCAAAAGACAUCUCACUUCUCCUCACUUUCCUAGGAACUUCCUUGCAUUUCACAUCAACCAAACACCAAUUCCUUCACAUCAACACACUACUGCCCCACUUAUUAUAAGGAGCAUUCUCAUUCUCUUAUUAUUCUCUGUACUCAUAUCUUCCUUCACAUCCAGAUCAAAAGGCUAGAAUUUUAUUUUAGUUUCUCUAGUGUUUGAUAAAAGUCCUCACUCAGUUUUUGGAUUCUUUAGUUUUUUUGUUGGGAUGGGAUUGAGUUCUAAACAGGUUUCAAGUAGCGGUCUUGAUUGGAGCCAGACCUUGUUGCAGGCUCAAACACUGGAGCUACCAAAACCUCCUUCACUGCAGAGGCCACAGGACCUGAAUCAACAAUCUGAGCCUGUCAAGUGUCCUAGGUGUGAUUCAACAAACACAAAGUUCUGUUACUAUAAUAACUACAACAGGUCACAACCUAGACAUCUCUGUAAAACUUGCAAGAGGCACUGGACUAACGGUGGCACUCUUCGUAAUGUUCCUGUUGGGGGUGGCCGCAAAAAUAAGAGGCUCAAAACAUCAAACACCACAACCACCGCCACCACCAGCAAUGCUUCCACAACUGCAAUUAGAAGCAGCAACAACAAUCAGCCAAUCUAUCAGGCACUUGUUAGUCCAUCACCCUCGAUGCUGCAACAGAACUUGAUCAAUAUCUGCAACUUGGGUUUGGAUCGAGAAAGGACUUUGAAUAACUACAAUGGCGUUUUUGUGGAUUCUGCUUUCUCUCUGCCUCAAAAUCAUAGUCUGCACAUUCCUUUCUCAAGUUCCAGUGGGUUUGACACAAACCCAUCUUCAGGUUCAUCGUCUUUUCAAUUUUCAAAUUUGUAUAGUCACACCGGAGAAGAAGAUCCAACAAUUACAAGCUUCUUACCCCCCAUGAGCAGCAGCACAGUCACACAGCCAUGGCAAGGACCUGUGACUAGUGGUGGCAUGGAUACUACUAGCACUACAGGGUACUGGAAUUGGGAGGAUAUAGAUACUUUGGUCUCUAGACUCAUCUAAAUAUUACAUGCGGUGGGAUUUGGAAGAUUUCCGGAGUUUCUUGGCCAUAAUUUGCAGUGUCUAUAUUUGUAAGUCUUAGUUUUUAAUUGGGACUAUAUGUAUUUGAAGGAAUUCAGGAUUAUUCAUGAGUGUGGAUUAUGUUUUUGUGUGUAUUUCAGCUUAUUAUAUUGUACAUACAUCCGUCUAUCUUAAAAGAUUAUAAUCAGACUCGUAUUGUAAUGAAGCUGUCAUUUUUAGUUUCAGCUUCACUCGAGGAAUCAAUUUGUGUUGCUAAUCGCUCUGUAUUUCGGGUUAUCAAAAUAUAGAUUCUGAUCUCCA